AUGAACGAAAACAUACCAUUGUCGGCAGAGCUACCAUUGACACUACAAGCAAUAGAUUUUUUCAGAAGGUUGAAAAACGAAUUAUUAAACGGGCAGCACAACCAGUUCGUCCGGGGGGAUAUGAUUUGUGUAGGAUGUUUUAAGCGACAUGUUAUAGAGGCUAAUAGGAAAAUGACUAUGCCGUUUACACAACGUGUUUUAAAUCAAGCUAUAGUACCAGUAACUGCAUUUAUACACGCAGUAAUUAAUAACCCUAGGGCGGAUAGUUCUAUAUGUGUAGAAGUGGGCGUGCUUUUAGAGCAACUAAUCGCACGACGCAUAUUAUCAACGGACCAUCUAUUCGAAGAGUAA